GAGGCUGUUGCUAGGCAGGUUUGGGCCGGGGAGGCGGCAGGGCCCGGCUGAGGCGGCGGCGGCGAGCGGGCCGAGCGGAGCCGGGAUGCCCUACAAGCUGAAGAAGGAGAAGGAGCCUCCAAAAUCUGCUAAAAGCACCACAAAGGCCAGCAGCGGCAGCAGUGGUGGUGGGAAGGAUGGUGGGGCAGAGAAUUCAGAGGAGGUCCAGCAGCAGCAGCAGCCGCCGCCACCCCCGACUUCCAAUAAGCGCCCCAGUAACAGCACGCCCCCGCCAACGCAGCUGAAUAAGAUCAAGUACUCCGGAGGACCCCAGAUUGUAAAGAAAGAGCGACGGCACAGCUCCUCCCGCUUCAACCUGAGCAAAAACAGGGAACUGCAAAAGCUCCCUGCCCUCAAAGAUGCUCCUGCUCAUGAACGAGAAGAGCUCUUCAUACAGAAGCUGCGACAAUGCUGUGUUCUCUUUGACUUCAUCUCCGACCCACUCAGUGACUUGAAGUUCAAGGAGGUGAAGCGAGCUGGGCUCAAUGAGAUGGUGGAGUACAUCACGCAUAACCGGGAUGUUGUCACCGAGGCCAUCUACCCUGAAGCUGUCAUCAUGUUUUCAGUGAACCUCUUCCGGACCCUCCCCCCGUCGUCCAAUCCAACCGGAGCAGAGUUUGACCCCGAGGAGGAUGAACCCACACUAGAAGCUGCCUGGCCACACCUCCAGCUGGUGUAUGAAUUCUUCCUGCGGUUCCUGGAGUCGCCCGACUUUCAGCCAAAUAUAGCCAAGAAAUACAUUGACCAGAAGUUUAUAUUGUCACUACUGGAUUUGUUCGACAGUGAAGAUCCCAGAGAGCGAGACUUCCUGAAGACCAUCUUACACCGGAUUUACGGGAAGUUCCUGGGCCUGCGAGCGUACGUGAGGCGGCAGAUCAACAACAUAUUUUACAGGUUUAUCUAUGAAACAGAGCAUCACAAUGGGAUUGCAGAGCUGCUGGAGAUCUUGGGCAGUAUAAUCAAUGGGUUCGCUUUGCCUCUGAAGGAAGAGCACAAGAUGUUCCUCAUCCGAGUCUUGCUACCUUUGCACAAGGUGAAAUCGCUGAGUGUCUACCACCCACAGUUGGCAUACUGUGUUGUGCAGUUCUUGGAGAAAGACAGCAGCCUGACAGAACCGGUGAUUGUGGGCUUGCUGAAGUUUUGGCCGAAAACACACAGUCCCAAGGAGGUGAUGUUUCUGAAUGAGCUGGAGGAAAUACUGGAUGUGAUUGAGCCCUCUGAGUUCAUGAAGGUCAUGGAGCCCCUGUUCAGGCAGCUGGCCAAGUGUGUUUCCAGCCCACACUUCCAGGUGGCCGAGCGAGCGCUGUACUACUGGAACAACGAGUACAUCAUGAGCCUGAUCAGCGACAAUGCAGCCAAAAUUCUCCCCAUCAUGUUCCCGGCACUCUACAAGAAUUCCAAGAGUCACUGGAACAAGACGAUCCAUGGCUUGAUCUACAAUGCCCUGAAGCUGUUCAUGGAGAUGAACCAGAAGCUGUUUGAUGACUGCACGCAGCAAUAUAAGGCAGAGAAGCAGAAGACCCUGCCCCAUUCAGUGAGACUGAGGAGAGGAGAGAUUGAGAAGGAUGAGGACUGUUUAGGUUAGAAAGAAGAGGGCACGUGGGAGGUAUACAAAAUAAUUACAGGGAUAGGGAAGGUAUGUUGGAUAUUCCUGUUCACCUUGUGUCAUAGCACAAGAACAAGGGGAUGUUGCAUAAGGCUGAAAGCCAACCCAAACGCAACUGAUAAAAAAAACCUAUUUUUACACAAGGCAUAGUUAGCCUGUGGAACUCACUGCCACAAGGUAUCACUGAGGCCAAUCGCUUAGGAGGAUUCAGAAAAGGAUUAGACAUUUAAAUGGUUAUUGACCGCCCACAGUGCCUGCCUCUGCAGAGCUGAUCGCUGCCUGCAGCUACACAGCCACAGUACCUUUGUGAGCAGCGCUGGGCAGUUAGAGGCAUGCCCAUUUCCCCUGGCCAUACACUGAGUGGUUGAUGGCACUGCUGGUGCCUUUUUCUAGAGCCCCAUAGCCCUCCAGUAGAAGUGAGGCCAUGCACCUUGAUAUCCAAAGAGCGAUU